AUGGACAUCGUGAACAGAAAUUGGCACAAUUUACGUCAGACCCCAGAGAGAAAUGUAAUUGGAGAUCCGUACCUAAUGGCAGAACGUAAAAGAGGAGCGGGUGAUAGAGUGAGGCUGUCAUUGAUCUCUCUUUCUUUCGCGCCUUUUCUCGCUCCCUUUGUCUGUCUGCUCUCUCUCACUCUAUCUUGCUCUCGCUUUCUUUCUGUGGAUGCGUCCUCGCUCUACGAAGCACGGCGGAGUUCGGACAGCCGGCCGCCUUCUCCUCUCCUCUCCGUCGAGUUCUUCUGGAUCCCUUUCUCGUGCGCGAAUCCGGAGGAAGAGUGGGAGGCCGCAUCCGGUGGAGGAGUCCACCGCCGAAGACGCCGAGGUCACGGUCGGCGCCGCCUCACGGAGAGGUCGUACGUUCCCAGGCUUCUGCUUCCCUGAAAGGCCGCUCCGGGUAUGUUCUGGUGCCGUCUUUCGACGAAUUCUCGCCUUUCGUUGAUUCGGGGGUUAUGUUCUAGUGCCGUCUUUCGAUGGGUUCGUGAUUUUCUCUGUGUCGGGGGCAUCUUCUUGUGGACUCUUUCGAUGGGAUCUUUAUUUUCUUUGAUUUGGACUUUCGGUUGCCUGCGGUGGUGCGGGUGGUGCGAGAUUGCUGAAGAAAGCUCUGGCUUUCCUCCUUCCUCUUAUUUAUUUACUUUCUUCCGAUUUGUUUUGCCGCUUCGUUGCUGAUUCGAUUUGAUGUUUGGUCUGGGUAGGGGGAUCUAUCUUCUUCUUUAGACUUCCAUCAGAUUGCUCUUUGGGGACGGAUGAGUGUUACAGUCUGGAGGAGAAAAGAUUAUUUCAGCAAGGUUUAUCGAUUGACGGUGACGGGUGAGCGUGUUGAAUCAAGGGGCACAUUCGAUUUUCAGAUCGCUGAGCGAUCGACCAGGGUCUGGAGAAGAACCCGGUGAUUUCCGGCAGGAAACAACACCCUCCGUACCUGCACCUCUCCCGAGCGUUAUUCCCCACCCAGAAAAGCCAUCAGAACUUGGUGGCGGGCUGUCCUGUUGAGAAAGCAGCUGGAAUCGAGGGAGGAAGUGUGGACGAGGUUGUCGGGCUACAGGAGGAAGCGAGGAUGUCUCCCAUCCCGGAUCGGGUACAUGCUUCGACGUCCCUCAUUCCUUUCCUUGACGGCGACUGUAGAGAGCUUUCUCUCCCCAUCCCAAAGCACAUCACAUCUUGACAAUAGGAAUGUCCUAUCCAAAAUCGACAGGUGCAGGUCGGAAAUUCUCCAUUAUACAAGGUAGAGAGAAUGUUGGGAGCAGGAGGUUUUGGGCUGGUCUACAUUGGACGAAGGGUGGCUGGUGGAUCUCAGGGCAAUGGGCCCAAUGCCUUUAAGGUUUAGUUUCAACCUCCCAUCACUCCUGCCACGGGAAUCUUUAAAUACUGCUGUUUUAUGUUGUCUCUUUCAUUUUCCUGCGGUGGGUGUAGGUAGCACUGAAGUUUGAGCAUAGAAAUAGCACGGGUUGCAGAUUUGGCCCCCCAUAUGAAUGGCAAGUUUAUGAGUAAGAAGACACCCCCUACUGCUCUAAUUUAUUACGUAUUGUGUCGAUCUAAAACUAUGUUCUUCACCUGACUUUGUGAAUAUGGUUUUAGCCAUCUCAAGGGAUGCUAUGGAUUACCUAGGGUGCACUACAAGGGCCGCCAAGGAGAUUAUUUCGUCAUGGUUGGCGUAGAGUCUUUCAUUUUAUUGUUUCCUCGAAUUAUAUUUUUUAUUGAAAGCUAGUUAUGAUAUUGUUGAUGAUGAUUGCUGCAGAUCAUGGACAUCCUUGGACCAAGUCUUCUGGAUGUGUUCAUAUCCAUUGGGCAAGUGUAAGAAAAUAAUCUUGACUUCAUAUUCAAAGUCAAUAUUCUGUUGAAAAUUGUGCUAUUGAGUUUGACUAACUCCUUGGACAGAAUGCCACCAAAUAUGGUGGCUUGUAUUGCUGUGGAGGCAAUAUCCAUCCUUGAGAAGCUACACCAAAAAGGGUAUGUAUGGCUUUGUGGCAGUGUGAUAUUUUUUCAAUUAUAUUUUCGCAAAGGUCACAGUAAUUAAUUCAUUGCUCCCUUGUGCACUCCCUCCCUCCACCCACACAAAAAAAAAACAUGCCAGGUUUGUGCAUGGAGACGUCAAGCCAGAGAAUUUAUUGUUGGGUAAACCCGGAAGCUCAGGGGAGAAGAAGCUUUUUCUCAUCGACUUUGGGCUGGGUAUGUUGCUGCAUUCCAAUCACUUCUUGUUUUCACCUCUCGCGCCUAUUGAUUUUAGAGUAGGGUUUGUUUUUCCAAGUAUAUAAACAAAUUUGUCUUGACUGAGAAGUCCCUGUCUGUAUCAACAUCAGUGAUAUUUUUGUGCUUUGUUCAGAGCCUGUACAAAUGCUAAUUGGUGUCAUUAAUAUUUUAAUCAGCUUCAAUGUGGAGGGACAGUUUGUCAGGCCAGCAUGUCAGAUUAUGCCAACAGCCAGAUAAUUUCAGGUUUUUUGGGAAACGAUAUUCUAUUUUUUCCCUAAAUUCUUAGCUAAGAUGAGGAUUCAUAAAAUCUUACCCCUACCUUACUAUCUAUCUCAUGUUCCCUAGGGGCACAACACGAUAUGCAAGCGUCCAUGCACAUUUAGGCCUCACAGCGAGUAGAAGAGAUGAUCUUGAGUCAUUGGCCUACACUCUGAUUUUUUUGAUUAAAGGAAGGCUGCCGUGGGAAGGCUAUCAGGUUUGCUUCCACCUCUACUUGUACAUGUUCUCCCAUCUCUUUGAUUCAUCACUUGCUGAUUCUUAUGCCAACUAUGUAGGGGAAUGACAAGAGGUUUCUAGUCUUCAUGAACAAGACUGUAACCUCCCCCGAGACGCUGUGUGGUGGCUGUCCCCCUCCUUUCGCACAAUUCCUUGAAGCAGUGAAGAAGAUACAAUUUGUUGAGCAGCCCACCUACUCGAAGCUCAUUUCUCUUUUUGGAAGCUUGAUAUGCCCCCCCUGCACCCUGUUAAAGACCAUUCGGAUUGAUGCAAUUUUGAAGGUGGUUGCAAACAUGACAUCACUGAAAUUACCUCGCAUAUUUUUAUUUUAUGUCAGAUGGUUUUAUCUCUUUUUCAUGGCUCUAUCAUCUGUUGUUAAAUAGGCUGACCAUGUUUCCAACAGGUUCACCAAAAACGUGGAAGAUUGCAGGUAA